AUGUCGCCCUCCUCUGCUGUGGCAUUGCGGUCCUUGGCGUUGCUCACCACCACCAUCUCCGCCUCCGCCUCCUUCUGGCCCUCCACAUGGCCCUCCGACCUCGUCCACGUCCUCCUCCGCCUCGUCCCGGCCCUCGUCCCGACCUUCCGCCUCUUCCCUCCAGCCCUCCGCGUCACCCGCCUCCGUGAGCGUCGCCCUCCUCCUGUUGCCCUACUCCACGAUGCCCUUAUCCGCGUCCGCGCUGCCCUCUCCCUUGCCCAUCUCAUCUCGGCUCUCCACCUCGCCCUUCUCCGCCCAUGA